AGAAAAAGAAAAAACAGAAAUUCAAUCAUAACCACCCUCUUUCCUCUCUCCCAUCCCAUAUAUGUCAUGUAUAAAUAGAUCAUAUAUGAUACCACCUUUCUCCAACCAAGAGCUACAUAAAUUUAUAUACAUACUCUGCAAUUUACACAUACAUUUAUUUAUUUAUUGAGCUCUCAAUGGUGGUAGCUUCUUCGAUGAUGAUAAGGACGAAGAAAACAAAGGCGGUUGGGAUUCCAACAAUUGACCUCUCAAUGGAGAGGGCAGAGUUGUCAAAGCAAGUGGUGAAGGCUUGUGAGGAAUAUGGAUUCUUCAAAGUGGUGAAUCAUAGUGUGGGUAAAGAGGUCAUUUCGACAUUGGAAGAGCAAGGGGCUGAGUUUUUCUCCAAAACCGCCGCUGAAAAGCACCGUGCCGGCCCUGCCACCCCCUUUGGCUACGGCUGCAGAAAUAUUGGUCCUAAUGGCGACAUGGGUGACCUUGAGUACCUUCUUCUCCACACAAAUCCUCUCACCAUCUCUGACAGAUCCAAAACCAUUUCCAAUGACCCUAUCAAAUUCAGUUGCGCAGUAAACGAUUACAUAGAAUCAACGAGGGAGCUAGCAUGUGAGAUUCUUGAUCUAGUGGGUGAAGGUCUACGGCUCCAAGAUAAGUACUCACUAAGCAAGCUAAUCAGAGACGUUCAAAGUGAUUCGCUGCUUCGGAUCAACCACUACCCUCAGAUGGUGAAACCGAAGUCGUGGGACCCAUCAUUGAUGAAGGGGAACAGCAAUAGCAGCAUUGGGUUUGGGGAGCAUUCUGACCCUCAGAUCUUGACGAUCCUACGGUCCAACAACGUUGGUGGGCUUCAGAUCUCAACUCAUGACGGGCUGUGGAUCCCUGUCCCCCCGGACUCUAACGAAUUCUUCGUUAUGGUCGGCGAUGCACUCCAGGUAUUGACAAACGGAAGGUUUACAAGUGUGAGACACAGAGCAUUGACAAACCCAUUGAAGUCAAGAAUGUCAAUGAUGUAUUUUGCAGCACCACCGCUGAAUUGGUGGAUCACACCACUGUCUAAGAUGGUGACACCUCACAACCCAACCCUUUAUAAGCCUUUCACUUGGGCCCAAUACAAACAAGCUGCUUACUCUUUGAGAUUGGGUGCCUCUCGUCUUGACCUCUUCAAGCUCCAACAACAACAAGAUUCCAAUCUUGUCCCUCCUUCACCCUAAUAAACUUUUUUUUUUUUUGGGUCAUUCCCUAAUAAACUUUCUAAAACUCCCCAAACUACCUUACAUAAAUCUCAUUUAUGAAAAAGCAAAAACUUUCCCAUAUCAUACUCACUCAUUGUUCAUAGUCUUGCACUACCUAUAGUCAGUAGUUAGAAUUUUUAUAGGCUUUUUUUUUGGCAAGAUGUUUUUUCCUACCCUUUAUUUGAUAGAAGUGUUUUAAGCUCAGAUGUCACUAUAUAGACUU